ACUUGCCAUCGAACGGAGUCGGAGUGUGCUGUUUCUAUACGGAGGAGAGAGCGUGCGCGCGGGUGUGAGUCACACGACAGGGACAGCCCGGAUAUCUAUAUAUACAUAUAUUCGUGUACAAAAAACAACAUACAUACAGUCACGCGCGCUGGAGUUUCACAGUGAAAAUGGCGUAGCCAUUCCGAGAUUGAGAAUGUUGCAAUAAAAACACGAUAGUUAUUGGCGUUUUAAUGAUAAUGAAACGUAAUAACGCUUCGAUAUCGUGUGUGACAAGUGCCGGUUUACCUUAACGUCCAAAACAUUGCGGGUUCGUCGAUAAGAUUUAUAAGCUCGGAGUGGGGGCACCGAUUGUCAAAUAUUGUUCGGGCGAUUAUUGCACAAAGUCAUUGCGAGUUAAGUGCGUGUUCUCGAUGCUUGAUAUUUGCAUAUACGUUUAUACUAUCGGGUAUGAAGUGUAGUGGUUCACGAGCCUCGGAGCCUCGGGAGAAUUCUAUUUGUUAAAUUUGAGAGUGGCUGGUUGCAGGCACUGAUCUACAUUGAAAAUAAAGCAGCGAGAUGAUUGCGUCAAAAAUCCAUUCAUUCGCUCGGUUAUUAUUACGUACUCUGACUGUUGAAAGUCGUGGUAAUCGUUGAAAACGAGUGGGGUGACUCAACGAGUGUUUACCGUGUUGUGCCAGUGUAAAUAUUGGUGUCGCAUGAAGGAAAUACGAUAAAAAAAUAAAAAUAAGGGAAAAUACGUGAGGGAAAGAGAUUAAGAAAAGCGAGACGAUGCUCCGUUCGUUGAAGCGUCGAAAAAUCAUCCUCGUGACAGCUUAAGCACGAUCAACAAACGGUCGCAAGAUGGCGCCACUGGAGUUUUGACACAAACUUCCCCCUUCCUCCCCCCUCUCCUGCCCCACCGUCGUUCCUCUCGGCCACGCUAUCAGCUGGAAUAUUUCACGGGCGUUAUCGCCUCAAUUCAAUAACGUUGCUCGGUGCAAUUUUUUUCCUUUCUUUUUUACGCUUUUAUUUUCCCUUCAUUAUAUUUUACUUCUUGUUUAUCUUCUCUCUUCGACGCAUACUUCGUAUUAUGAGCAGAGAAUUCUACGUGCCCUGCGCCCAAUACGCAUAUCCGCAGUGCGGGAGUGGCUCAACGGAUGGUGUGGUCGUAUCGAACGAGGUAGUUGGCAUGGACUGCAUGCCGCUGAGGCCAGGACCGUUUCACUAUCUGAUAAGCGAGCAGGCCAAAUCGUUGGUCGCCCUCCAGGAGCUGCAGAAUGAGGUCGGUGCUCUGCUCGAAUUUCGGGAUCUCGUUAUCGAGACAUUCCCGAACCUCAGGCACAAGAUGGCGACGUCGUCGUCGUCGUCGUCGUCAGCGGUUGUGUCGGUGAUGUCACAGUCGCAGGGUUCGUCGCACAUACCGCUGCCGCUCUCGAGUCCGUCGUCGCGUCGUAUCAGCGAGUGGGAGCCCGGUAAGGUGAGGCGACGAGUUGCACAGCCGGUGAGGGAGGGCGAAUCUUCGGGUUCGUCGUUGCCCCGAAGUCGCAGCAACUCCCACAGCGGCGGUAGCAAAAACAGCGCGACGGUACAAGAUUCGGGCUUCAGUACGGAAACGUCAUCGAAGGACAGCGCGUCGACGGCGAUCGCGAGGCCGACGAGCCCGCGACCGGUGCUGGACGAGGCUGAGGAUGAGCUGUGGAAUUUGUUGGACGUUAUUCACAGAAAAGGCAUUAGAUUGAGAGAAGAAGUUGAGUCGUUGCAGGGUAGAUUGGAGAGCGUUGGUCCUGACGAGCUUCGCAUCUCGGGCGACGUACUCGAGGCUGUGAGGAACGUGACGAGGACCGAGGAGGACCUCGGGAGGGAGGAUUCGGCCGAGGAGGGCAGUAACGACCUGGUGAAUGCUCGUCUCACUGACAAGGCGAAAAGACUCGGCGAUGGUGCAGACUCGAGUCGAGAAGACGGAUCAAAGCUGACCGUUUUGCGAAGAGAGAAGGAACAAUUGCUCGAUAAAGUCGCUGAGCUCGAAGCCGAGACUUUGUCGAGUCGUGCUCGAGCCCAAGAGCUACAAACCGAGCUGGCAGCUCUGUCUGCCCUCAGAAACGGCCUCGAAGAUCGAUUGCGCUCUGUCCUCGAGACCAGAAACGAAAUAGUUACACCCGGAGCCCAAAGAAAACAAACCUCUGCCGGACAAAAUUCUCCUGGCAAUAUUUCCUCACCGAAACAUUGCGGCGUACACCUACGCGGCAACAAACAAUCCGCCUUCACCACCAUCCUCACCCCCUCCAACAAACCCCAUAAAAAUCGCUUUCGCACGAGAACCAUAGACAAAAGUGUUUUGGCCAACGGAGCUGUGCUUCAACCCGUCGAGGUUGACGCCGAUCCUGAAGCCGCCGCUCAUGAGAGAAGAAUAAGACUUGGCGCCCUUGACUCCGUACUCGUGUCACCCACUCGCGUCGCUCACGUUGCCGACGUCGACGGCGUCAAAAUCGCUGCGAUACUUCGCGAACGCUCACCGCUAGAACUUCAACGACACCUCAUUACCACUACCGUCCAUAAUCAGUGCCUCCAAAAAAGACUGGACGAAGUGGAAAAAAGUACGGGGACGCUUUCCGAGCGUCUGGACAAAGCCAGGGAGGAGAACGAUGACCUUAGAUUUCAGUUGGAGGAGAGGAACAUCGAGCUCGAAGGUACGAAGGCGAGGGUUCGAGUGCUGGAGAGGUUACAACAAAGGCCGCCAACGGAGACGGAGCCUGAUCUUGAAUCGGAAACGGAGCCGAGAGGAGGGGAGCUUUGUUGUCCGGAAGCUGGGAGCAGUACGGAAUCAGCCCGAGACCAUCACCAUUCGGCGGAAGUGAAGCCAUCGCCUCGGAGACGUCCACCGAGUCGAAUACCGUUGUUGGGUUCGGGGACGAAGCCGGCGGCGCCGAAGCCGCCGUCAUCGACGAGCAGGAACGACAGUCGUGAAUCGUUGAAGUCGUUGAAGUCGUUGAACUCGAGACCGCCAAGGGACUCGAGUCGGGAGAGCAACGCGGGAACAACGAAAUCGUCGUUAUCUCGAGGCACAGCGAGAGAUUCGAGUCGCGAGUCUCUCAACAGGCAGAGCAUAACGACGAGCAAAACGUCGGGAAAAGAGGCGAGCAGAGAGUCUCUCAAUCGUUCUUUGUCUCGUAACAACAAUACCAAUCGUGAUUCAAUUAACAAAAUAACAACAACAACAACAACAACAAGCCCAACGAUAACAACAGCAACAGCACCAACGACAACAUCGUCGACAACGUCCUUGUCACGCGCUCGUGAUUCUCUCGAAUCAAACAAUACCUGUAACAAUAACAAUAUUUCGUUAUAUCCACCGGGUACACCGCCGAGAAGGCCGCCCGCACCUGCGAGACGUUCGCAGAGCUUAGCACGUCCUAGCGUCGAUAACGAUAGCGGCAAGGGCUUCACGACCGAUCCACCAAGUUCGUGGUGUUCGUCGAGCAGCAGUUUUCGACACAGCGAGUCUUCGUUAUAUCCGGACUCGUUGAAUCAGGAAUCGACAUCAGCGACAGGAUCAACGCGUGUCGAAUUUAUUCUGGGCUCACCUACGCGUCACUUCAGGCCAACUUCGGCGUGGCCGUCUCGCUACUUCGACAGCAUUAAUUCAACAGCAAUGGUUGCCGAGAGUCUGAUGACCGACGAGUUUCCAUUGAGACGAGGCGAGGCACUCGCGGAUUGCGAUUCGCUCGAGUGUCAUCCCAUUUCCAGCGAAGGCUAGGAAACAGGAGACAUCAAUCAUGAGCGAAAAAAACGACGAAAUUAUACGAUUAAGUCUCAUUAGAAUUUAUCGCGACUCAAUUAUUUGUUUUCGAUUCACCAUUUAUCUUAUUGUUUUUCUCCAUUCUUUUAUUUCGAAAUUAUUAUCGUCAUUAAUAUUAUAAUUAUUAUUGUUUCUAUUAUCAUUAUUAUUAUUGUCAUUUUUAUUGUCAUGUCAAAUGAAACGACACUCGUGAAUCCAACGAACGUCAAGAAUCAGUUUGUCCCGCAAACUGCGAAUUACUUGAAUAAUGUUAUCGAUCAUGUGUUAAAGAAAGAAGGAAUGAGAGGAACGAACGAAUGAAUUCAUAUUCGGUCAUACGAUAAUUACCGAAGGUAACAUGUCACUGCACACAGAAUCGUGUCCUUGUGUUUCGUAUUUUAGUUCGACACGUGUAUGGUCGUUAUAUUUUUAUUUCUUUAAUCAUUAUUAUGACGGUGUUUUUUAAAUAUCAAUCAGGCUGUGUCCAUCUGUUGGUUUAAUUCAACGAUGUUUUCGUCCUAGGGCUAAACGUUUCGUGCGAUGACGGAAGAACCUGUCUUUCGUCGCGUUACGACUACUCCUAGACAAUGUUUAUCUUCAGUGUGUACGAAUGCGUGAUGUUUUUUUUUUUUUUUUUUUUUAAUUCAAUGAAUUUCAUUUCAUUUGACUCGUCGAUAAUUGACGAAAAAUGUUGAAUGCAAAAAAAAUUUAGGGAACAAAAUUUAAGAACAUGUGUAAUCGGUAGCAAACAGAUGGAACAGACGCAAAUGGAUUAUUCAUUCCAUUUUGCACAUUUCAGUUGUUUCUGAACCGCAUUCCGAAAUUAGCAUUUUUCUUCUCUAUCCUAUAGACUCGUGUUGUGAUUAAGUUAAUUAUUUAACUUUGAAUGUUUCGUUUUUUGUAAAAAUCGUCAUUCUUUCGAAUGUUACGCUCCUAAGAUACUUUUCUUUUAAACAAAUUACUUUGAGAUUGAUGAGACCGACACUUGCUUUCGUUAUUCCCUUCAAGAUAGCUUUUUUGCUUCGAGGACCAAAUCACGUCAAAAAAUAUUUUAUUCCGUUGCUAUAAAAGUCGAUUAUACAAUAUUUAUGCAUUCUAAUACGCUUUAUUCUCAUCAAGGGUUUGAGUGAUCGAAUCUCUAGCAUUUGAAAAAACUUUUUUUUUCAAAUUCGUGUAGCUUUAUUUUUUCGAAUAUGGUACAUAUCAACCUUCGAACUGAGCAUUUUUUCGCUACAACUUUUUUCUCGUAUUAUUGGCUGAAUCAGACUUUAAAGAAUUCGUUUCGAGCAUUGUUACACGAAUAAGAAAAUAACGAAAUAUCGUUGAAGUCCUUUCAUUAUUCGGUCACUGAUGCUCUCUAUCAUUUCAUACUCAAGAGCACUGGGCUGAUUGCAAAGAAAAUACAUAAGUUCGGCGAUGUUUCCUCAUUGCAAUAUUUCUUAAACAAUAUUAUUUUUUUCAUUUUAUCUUCACGAAAUCUCAAUAAUUGAUACCAUAUGAUUGCAAUCUUAAUGUUCAACUCUAUUCACCUAUCUGAAUCCAUGAGUAUCGUGAAAAUUGAGUUUCGCUAACUCUAACUAUCAUUUUUAUUCAUAAUUCGGCUGCGAACUAAUCGUCGGACGUUCAAGCUGACUCUCAAGAGUGAUAUACAUACAUAUAACGAUUUAAAAAUACAUGUUCAUAAUCACGAAAGCGAUUCUGUAGAGGUACGAGCACUGGGUUAAAGAGAAACGAGGAUAAUGGAAAAACGAUAAUGAAAUGAUGAUAAUAGUGGAUAAACAACGAUAUUUGUUAAAUACAAAAGAGAGCUUGAGUCCGCGAGACCGAAAGGAAAGAAAAGUGAGAGCGUUGUUAUCAUUUUCAUCAUUAUUUUUCGAAAUUCUCCAUGAAAUCAAGAUAAAAAAUAUUUUUCAGUAAAACAGUGCCCAUCCCUGAAUUCUGUACGAUUAAAAGUGACUUGAAGAACAUUGUACUAAACAGUUCCUUGCUGCAACCAAUAUAUUGUUCAUUGCGAAAGAGAAUGGAAGCGAAGGGCGAGAGAAAAAGACGUUUAUGGACGAUUGAUGAAUUUUAUCACAGAGAAAUAAAUUGUGAUUUAGGUGUAAAUAUGUGAAAUCGUGUACGGGUGCGACGUGAUCUCAUUUCGACGUACGAAUUGCUAGUUUUUUUGGCGUUACGAAAGCCCAUCUAGGCCAGAUGAGAAGGAAAUGUAUUUGUCAGAGUACAAAAAAGAAAAAAGGUUUUUGUCGCUCAUCACUUCGUACUCGAGCAUGCUAACGAGUCGUAACUUCGAACUGAGAUCACUUUUGCUUCACGCGCUGUCACUAAUUUGUGAUUAACGUAGAUAAGUUAAUAGGACUGAUGAGACGCGACUUGAGUUAGUGCCUGGUUAUUGUAAUCGACGGUUUGAUGAAGAAGAAAGAAACUGAAAGGAAACUAAAAUAACGAUUUUAUUGAGAAUCGAAGAAAAGAAACGAGCAGUUUUUGUGUUACAUUUGUUCCCAUUUUUUUCUCAUCGUGGCCGUUUGUGGCGUGGAAAAUUUGAGGCCGAUAUAGAGAAGCGAGUAAAAAUUGGAGUAAGAGCGAGAGAGGCGAGAUUCGUUAUCGAGAAGAUUUCUCCACCUUUUUAAACUAACAAAGAAAAAAUUUGUAUUGUCAAUUCCAAACGACAGCGACGAAUCCUAUCGAGGAAAACAAAUGCGAAUGAAUUUUGAUCGAUCAAAAACGAGAAUGACCAGCGGAUUCGAAGGUAGAAUUUUUGCGUAUACUUCCAAUGAAAGGCUUACUCGAAUAUCAUGAGAAAAUCAAAUUACCGAAGCAAUUUGAACGAUCAGAAAAUGCAUCCCUCGAAACGAAUCAUUGCUGGAGAAUCUUGAGCCGUGAAUUUGCAAAAAAGAAAGCACAAAUUUUUGUUUGCAAACGACUGCGGACGACGAGAUUCUCGUUUGGAAUUGCGAAGACCAUUUUUUUCAAACUGUCAAUAAUAUAAAGAAGAAGCCUUGACUUUGAAGCGUGGAGGUCAACUCGAGGAUAAAAAAAAGUGAGGAAAAACAUGCUCAGAUAUAUUAUAAUUAUUCCAUGCAGCCCGAGUGGGUUUUCGGCGACCCUGUGACGAGUCUUGCGAGACGCGAAAUCGUGUACCGGAGGCUAUUAUUUUUAUACACUGAUUGUGGCUAACACAAUGCGAGUGAAUAAGGCGAAAAAGAGGAACACAAUUCUGUAUUAAAAAAAAAAAAAAAACACGAAAAAACGAAAAACCGAAGCGUAGUAGACACGAAAAUGUCUUUUCCUCCGACGUUCGGACGGCCCGUCGUAUUAUUUACAUGAUAGAACGAUAAAUAAGAAGCAUCGUAUUGAAACGAAAAAUAAAAAAUGGUCACUGUGGCGUGACACAUUUCAUGAAUGUAUGAUUAUUAUAUCAAUUUAAAAAAACAAACGUGGAGUACAAAAAGUACUCUCAACGCGGUAAAACUACACAUUAUAUAAACGUGCGAGAAUGAAACGAGACGGAAGCUCUUGUACAUAGUUGAAUGAACUUGUGAAAAAGGAGAAAAAAUAUUUAAAUAGUUGGUAGUGUAAAUAAAUUAUGUAUGUUAACGCGAACGCCCGAUAACGUCAUAGGAUUAAUAAAGUGGAAUUACGUACGAUA